AUGAUUGAGCAUGUAUCCUAUGCAGAGGUUCCAAAGAUUAUCAUCCUGGAGUACCCAUACUGUAAUACUGAAACUAGUCACAAGGUAAAGUUUGUAGUAAAUGGAGAAGAAGUUUUACUGAGCCUGAGAGGGAUCAUAUACCAUGGGGAUAAUCAUUUCACCUCUAGAGUUUUUUCAUAUGAAGGUAAAGUUUGGUUCCAUAAUGGGAUAACCACCAAAAAUAAGUGUAUAGAAGAUGGGCAGCUAGAUGAUAAAAGCAAUAAUGAUCUUAGAUACUAUCAAGAUCAGGAACUUGUUUUAGCUGUAUAUUCUCAACUUUAA